AUGGUUCUCAAGCCUUCAACUCAGUGUGCAACCUGCGGGGCAGAAGCUACCAUGAGGUGUCUUCACUGCUUAGAUGCACCCGAAUACCAGAUUGGGGAUUCCACUGUCGUCGUUUACUGCGACUCUUUCUGUCAAGAAAUGCACUGGCCCAAGCAUGAGGGCUAUUGCAAGGAUAUGCAGAAACGAAAGAUGCUACUCCGAGCUGCCUGGUUACUAAAGGCAGCUAUACUGGCCUACAAAGAGAUCGUGUACGAUGUGGACUUGACCAAAGUCGAGUUCAAGGACGGCGUCCUCUCUCUCCAUCAAAACCCAAGACCGAUCUCGUCUGGACCCAAACAUGCUCCCUUCCCAGCCCAUAUGUUCAACAGCAUCGAGCACAAAGAGGCAGCUCUGGUGCACAAUCAAUGCACAGCAGCUACGGCGCUCUUGGGUCCCUUGACUAGGAGAAUACUUCGAGGUGUGCCCUUCGUUAUUGAGACCAUGGACAUCAUCGUCCAAAAUCCACCACUUACCACUAAACUUAUUCCUGAUGUCGGUUCUCACAGUGGUACACACACGGUGUUGAAGAUAAGAGAAAGGGGAAACAAUGACACAUGGAUCAUCGACACAACAGGUUGUCAAUACGGAUUCCGAGAUUUGCUUGUUCCCUUCAAUAAAUACUUCAUGGACAAAGAAUGCCAGGUACUAGAUGCCCCUUUCGCCUACGAUGCGUUCGAGACAAAGGACCUGGACUAUUACUCGAUGUUUCCUUGCUUUACCAGGAUGAAGACGCAACGAAAGGAAAUGAGAUUGGAGCGACAGACCCGUCACCACUUUGCUGUCUUUGUUGCGAAGACUGUGGGGGAUAACUUUCUUGGAGGCUCUGACAUCGACUUCGAGGCAACGAUCGAUUUAUUCGUCAAUGGGCUUAAAUCACACAUGGUCCAAUCUAUUAGAGCCACAGAAUACUUCUCCAACGAUUCCGACGAUGACGAUGACUGCUGA